AUGAAACCUACUACACCGAUGCUACUUGAUGACUUUACCAUCAAUCAUAAUUUGAGAUUUGUGAAGAAAAUCGGGGCAGGAACCUAUGGAUUAAUUUACUUGGUUGAAGAUAUAUACAGCAAGAAACAAUAUGCAGCAAAGAUGAUAUUGAAGAAACCACCGGCUAAAUCAAGCAACAUUGAUGUUAAUGAGAAUAAAAAGUUUAUUCAAAGUCAAAUAUAUCAAUAUUUUGCUGAUCACCAUCAACAGAAUCAAUCAGUUAUUGCCCAAGAGUUAAAUUUGGACUUUAUUGCCAAUGAAGGAGUUCAUUGUCCAUUUUUGAAAGAAAUCGCAUUACAUUUAAAAGUUCACCAACAUCCAAAUGUCAUCACUAUUCAUAAAGUGUUGAAUUUAGAAAAUUUGGCUAUUAUUAUAUUGAUGGACUAUUUUGAACAAGGAGAUUUAUUUAAUAACAUAAUUGAUAAGAAAAUCUUCACCGAAUGUCCAAGUUAUCAAGACCAACAACUCUUGAUGAAAAAUUGCAUGUUACAAUUAAUUGAUGGGUUAGCUUAUUGUUCACUGAAGAAUAUUUAUCACUGUGAUUUAAAACCAGAGAAUAUCAUGAUCAAUUAUAAUAAAAAUUAUCACAGAAAUUCAAAUAGUCCAAUAAUUGAUUAUAAUGAAAUUCAUAUUGUUUUAAUUGAUUUUGGUUUAGCAAUGAAUUCAAACUUGAUUUGUUGCAAUGCAUGCCGUGGUUCUUCUUAUUAUAUGGCCCCCGAGAGAAUAACCAAUUUUAAUACCAGUUCUUUAAUCAAAUCAAUGAUCAAUCUUGAUCAAUUUCAAACCAUCGACAGUUCCGAAGCUUCAAGCUCAAAAUAUUUACCUACUUUAGCCGGGGAUAUUUGGUCUUUGGGUGUUUUAUUCAUUAACAUCACUUGUGCAAGAAACCCUUGGCCAAUUGCUGAUAUCAAUGAUGAAAAACAAGUUUUUGCAAAUUAUACUUUGCAUAAUAAAAACAUAUUAAGUUCAAUUUUACCAAUAUCUUUAAAAUUUAAUCGUUUACUUGAUUCAAUCUUUGAAUUAAAUCCAAAUGAUAGAAUCUCUUUGAAAAAAUUAUCUUCCAAAAUCGUCGAUUGUGAUUUCUUUUAUGAUGAUUCAAAACCUUUAACCAUCACUCCUAAAAAACUGUCCUUCAAUGGUCAAUUAUUCACUCCUCCAGAAACUAGCGUAAGUGAUUUUUGUCUUUGUAGUGAUGCCGAAAGCGUGGAUGCAAUCGAUGAAUACAUGGGCUUCAAUAGAGGUAAAUGCCCAUUUUAA